AUGACCAUGCAGACUCAUAUCGUGUACAUGGGAAGCUUAUUAUCUCCCGAAAACAGCUUCAACCAUCUCAUGGCUGCUGCUAAUAAUCGCCACCACAACUUGCUUUCAAGUGUACUUGGAGAUGAGGAGUUAGCUCGAAGCGUGAGAGUUAGCUCAUUCGGGAGGAGUUUUGAUGGCUUCUCUGCUCGCCUACUGCCCGAAGAAGCUGAAAGGCUCAAAGAGCAUCCAAAUGUGGUGUCUGUUUUUCCCAACCAAAUUCGAAAGCUCCACACCACAAGGUCAUGGGACCUCAUCGGAGUGACUCAAUCGGUCAGGAGAAACCUCAAAUUUGAGCUUGACAUAAUCGUUGGCGUACUCGAUACAGGUAUAAACGUUAAUGCCCCGAGUUUCAACGACAAGGGUUUAGGUCCACCUCCUGCGAAAUGGAAAGGAAUUUGCCAGAAGGGCGCCAACUUCACCCAUUGCAACAACAAGGUCAUUGGAGCAAGGGCUUACGCCUUUGACAAUGACCACGGCGAACCCGCCGGCCCGAGUCCGUGUGAUCUCGAGGGUCACGGGUCCCACACCGCCUCUACGGUGGCUGGCUCCCUGGUUCAGGGAGCCAGCCUGUACGGCCUGAUGAAAGGCACCGCCCGCGGCGGGGUGCCCUCCGCCAGGAUAGCAAUGUACAAGGUCUGCGGCAAGUACUGCACCGACCUCAACAUACUGCACGGUUUCGACGACGCCAUCGCCGAUGGCGUCGAUGUAAUCUCGCUCUCGGCCGGCGGCGGUCCGUUUGCCGGUUACUUCACCGACGCCAUCUCCAUUGGUGCCUUCCAUGCCAUGAGGAAAGGAGUGCUGACCAGCGUUGCCGCCGGCAACAGCGGCCCCGAUCCCAACACCGUUUCCAACGUCGCCCCGUGGUUGAUGACCGUCGGAGCUAGCGGCACCGACCGCCAGCUCGUUACACCCAUCACCAUCGGCCGGGAUGGCUUCAAAACCUUGGGAAAUUCGAUCAAUACUGUUUCUGCGGGAAAGAAGUUUCUUCCUCUCGUUAGCGGGCGUAAAGCUCAGAACUCGAGCAGUAACGAUGCGAAAACCUUUCCAGGGGCUUGUAUCGAUGGGAGUACAAGUAUAGAGAUGGUGAAGGGCAAGGUGGUUUUGUGCAAUGGAGCCAUAGAAGGGGAUAGUGUCCUAAAGCGCGAUGGGGCGCUUGGAAUGUUGAUGGCCGACUAUAAGGGCGAGUUGGACGCCGCCUAUGCUUUCGUCCUCCCAACCGCGAUGAUCACGCCGGAGCGUUAUCUUGCCAUUGAAAGAUACAUCAACUCCACCAAGAAUCCUCAGGUGUUGAUACAUAAAUCAAGGAGCAUCCACGUGGACUCGCCAUUUGUAGCCUCCUUCUCGUCUCGAGGUCCCGAUCGCUAUUCCAAAACAAUACUCAAGCCGGAUCUUGUAGCACCAGGAGUGAACAUUCUAGCCGCGUACACAAACCUAGCCUCCAUAACAUCGAGCCCACUAGACAACAGGUUCAGCAACUUCAACAUCAUGUCGGGAACAUCAAUGGCUUGCCCUCACGCCGCCGCCGCCGCCGCCUAUAUCAAGUCCUUCCACCCUGAUUGGUCCCCCGCCGCCGUCAAAUCCGCCCUCAUGACCACCGCCGAGUACGCGUACGGGUCGGGCCAGAUCGAUCCGACCAGAGCGGUCGACCCGGGUCUGGUCUACGACCUGACCGAGGCCGACUACGUAGGGUUUCUCUGCAGCAUGGGGUACAACAGCGUCAUGAUGAAGCCGAUCGUGGGACGCGAUGACGUGGCGUGUCCGUUGACCAAGGCUAAGGUUUGGAGCGGCAGCGACGCGUUGAACUACCCGUCGAUGAACCUGCAGCUGCCGAUCCCGGGGACGGGCGGGCCCGUGGCGGCGGUGUUUCGGAGGACGGUGACGAACGUUGGAGCGGCGAAUGCGACGUACAAGGCGGAGGUGGGUGGUGACGUGGCCGGGUGGAGUAUUAAAGUUGUGCCGGAGACGUUGGUGUUUGGGGAGGUGAACGAGAGGAAGUCGUUUAGGGUGAUGGUUCGGGGACCGCCGGUGAAUAUCGACGACGGGGUUUUGUCGGCGUCGGUGGUGUGGAGGGAUACGGAGGGCCGGUGGAGCGUUAGGAGUCCGAUUGUGAUAUCGGCUGAUUUAUUGACCUGA